AUGAUUUUAAGUCUAAAUCUUGUGAAUUCGAAUCUUAAGAAUAUAGAUCUUGGUAAUAUGGAUCUUGGGAAUACGGAUCUUGGAAAUAUGAGUCUUGAGAAUACAGAUCUUGAGAAUAUGGAUCAUGAGAAUAUAAAUCUUGAGAAUAUGGAUUUUGAGAAGAUAAGUCUUGAAGAAAUGAAUCUUAGAAAUAAGAAUAUGAACCUUGAAGUCUGCAUUGCAUUAUAUGCUUUGGCUACUGCUACUGAAAUGAUUCCCUCAUCAUCGAGUACUUUAUCUGUAGCGAUAGGUUCAUUAAUUACUUGUAGAUACAUUUGUAUAGCUUGGGCGGUCUCUAGGGCAUAG